AUGGUACAAAGCCCACAUCGCAGCGAUCAGGAAUCGCUAGAUGUGAAAGAGAAAGCUGUCGAAGCUGUUGAUCAUAUCGAAGUUGGGCCGGAUGCAAAAUACAAACCUGGACUGACAGAAGAUGAACGUAACUGGCUCAACAACAUCGAUCCCAAGGAGGCCAGUCGCAUAUAUCACAAAGUGGACUUGAGACUAGUCCCAAUGCUGGCUCUUCUGUAUCUGAUCGCCCAUCUCGACAGGGCAAACAUCGGAAAUGCGAAGAUCGAAGGUCUCGAAGACAGUCUGGGCAUGACUGGGAAUGACUAUAACAUUGCGUUAAUGGUCUUCUUCGUCCCUUACGUCCUCUGCGAAGUCCCUUCACAGCUUCUGCUUUCGAAGUUUCAGAAGCCGAGCUUCUACAUCGGCAUUCUUGUAAUAUGCUGGGGCACCGUCAUGACGCUGUCGGGUGUCACUUCUUCCUUCGCUGGUCUACUAAUCACAAGGUUCCUGAUCGGCGUCUUCGAAGCUGGCUUCUUUCCUGGCGCUAUAUGGCUGGUCUCACAAUGGUAUCCGCCUCAGAGAACGCAGACACGUAUGGCCAUGUUUUAUCUUUCGAGUGCUGCGUCGGGAGCCUUCUCAGGUCUUCUUGCCGCGGGAAUCGCGCAGAUGGAUGGUCUUGGGAACUAUGAAGGAUGGAGAUGGAUCUUCAUUCUCGAGGGCAUCGUAUCAGUGGUGCUUGGUGCUUUUUGCUUCUUCGCACUGCCCGACUCUCCCACGACAGCGAAAUGGCUGACUCCACAAGAGAGCAGAUUCCUCGAACUCAGCCAUAUUGCGUACCGAGGCGUGAAGAUGACGGACAAAGUGCGCAACAUGGAUGGCACUAAGAAGAAGGGGAAGAUCAACUGGCGCGUCAUGAAACAGGUCGUGACAGAUUGGCAGCUAUACCUGCAAGCCAUUGUCUUCUGGUCGAAUAGUGUUCCCAACUACGGCUUGAAGUUCACGAUGCCCUCUAUCAUACGAAGCAUGGGCUUUGAGAGUACACAAGCUCAGUUGCUUACUGCGCCGCCGUAUUUGUGCGGCGCAAUUGCUGCUGUGACAUCGGCACUGGUUGCGGACAAACUGGCCUGGAGAAUGCCAUUUAUCGUUGGACACCAGUUGCUAGUCGUCGUUUCCUUCUCUGUCCUCUACUCCUUCGCGGCCGAAAUCCAGAACAAUAUCGCUCUCUGCUACGUGAUGGUGUGCCUGGUCUGCAUCGGUCUGUACCCUAUCAUUCCUGGCAAUAACAGCUGGACGAUCAACAACCUGGCAGGCGCCGAAAAAAGAGCGGCGGGAAUUGGCUUCAUGAUCAUGAUCGGAAACUGUGGAGGCUUCCCAGGAUCUUUCAUCUUUCUGGAACAAGAGUCACCUCGCUAUCCAACGGGCUUCGGCAGCUCGCUUGGUUUCGCCAGCGCUGGCAUUCUUGCUGCGCUCCUGCUCGAAUUCUUGUACUGGACCCACAAUAAGCGCAAUCAGCAUGUAACGAAACAAGAGGCAAUAGCCAGGUAUGGGGAGGAAGAGCUUGAGCGGAUGGGAGACAAGAGUCCGCUAUUCAAGUACGCGCUGUAG